AUGGACACAGCAGCAGUGGCUGCCGAGGGGGAGGAGGAGAGCGUGGGGCAGCAAGAGAAGGUGUCCUUCAUGGGGAUGUUCCGGUACGCCGACGGCACGGACCUGCUGCUGAUGCUGGUCGGCACGGUGGCCGCGCUGGCCAACGGCGUGUCACAGCCCCUCAUGACGAUCAUCUUCGGUGACACCCUCAACGCCUUCGGCGACGCCACCGGCGAUGACGUCCUUCAGCGGGUCAACAAAGUGGUUCUAAAAUUUGUCUACUUGGGUAUCGGAACAACAAUCGUCUCCUUUCUUCAGGUGUCAUGUUGGACACUUACCGGUGAAAGGCAAGCGACACGCAUUCGAUCUCUAUACCUCAAAUCUGUCUUGAGACAGGAUAUAUCAUUCUUUGACCUAGAAAUGACAACUGGGCAGAUCGUUUCGAGAAUGUCCGGUGAUACUGUCCUAGUUCAGGAUGCUAUUGGUGAGAAGGUUGGCAAGUUUCAAUCACUUGUGGCUACUUUCGUUGGUGGUUUCAUUGUAGGUUUCGUGAAAGGAUGGCUUCUAUCUCUUGUCAUGUUGGCAUCCAUACCUCCAGUUGUACUUACUGGAGCAGUAGUUGCAAAACUGUUGUCCAAAAUAUCAAGCAGAUGUCAAGCAUCAUACAGUGCUGCAGGUAAUGUUGUCGAACAGACAAUUGGCGCUAUAAAAACAGUUGUUUCUUUCAAUGGGGAGAAGCAGGCCAUCACAACGUACAAUAAACUAAUACACAAAUCAUACAAGACUGCUGUUGAGGAAGGACUUACUAAUGGCUUUGGCAUGGGCUCUGCUUUCUUUGCACUCUUCUCUAGCUAUGGUUUAGCCAUCUGGUAUGGUGGAAAGUUGGCUCUUACAAAAGGAUACACAGGAGGACAAGUCAUCACAGUCAUAUUGGCUAUCAUUAUUGGGGCAGGGACUUUAGGUAAUGCAGCCCCAUGUAUGACUGCCUUUGUAGAAGGACAAUCAGCAGCACACCGACUGUUCACAACAAUAAGGAGAAAACCAAAGAUUGAUCCUGAUGACAAUAAUGGUAAGCAAUUGGAAGAUAUGAGGGGAGAAGUUGAGCUGAAGGUUGUAUAUUUUAGCUACCCAGCAAGGCCUGAGCAAUUGAUAUUUGAUGGAUUCUCACUUCUUGUGCCUAGUGGCACUACAAUGGCUAUAGUUGGGGAGAGUGGGAGCGGCAAGUCAACUGUGGUUAGUCUUGUAGAGAGAUUCUAUGAUCCACAUGAUGGUGAGGUUUUAAUUGACGGGAUCAAUAUCAAGAGUUUACAUCUUGAUUCAAUAAGAGGGAAAAUUGGUCUUGUUAGCCAAGAGCCAGUGCUAUUUAUGACCUCAAUUAAAGACAACAUAACAUAUGGCAAGGAAGAUGCAACAAUUGAGGAGAUCAAGAGAGCAGCUGAGCUCGCUAAUGCAGGUUAUGACACAAUGGUUGGCCAACGUGGUGCUCAACUUUCAGGGGGGCAAAAACAAAGAAUUGCGAUUGCGAGAGCAAUCAUUAAAAACCCCAAAAUACUUUUGUUAGAUGAGGCUACUAGCGCAUUAGAUGUGGAGUCAGAGAGGAUAGUUCAGGAGGCAUUGGAUAGAAUCAUGGUGGACAGAACUACACUCGUGGUGGCACAUCGUCUAACUACUGUGAGAAAUGCUGAUUGCAUAUCAGUUGUUCAACAAGGAAAGAUAGUUGAACAAGGUUCCCAUGAUGAAUUGGUGCUAAACUUGGAUGGUGCGUACUCUCAACUUGUUCUGCUACAAGAAAGUCAUAAAGAGCAUAAAAUAGACCGCCGAUUGUCUACUCCAAGGUCUAAAAGUAAAAGCUUGUCAAUGAAGCGGUCGAUUAGUGGUUCGAUAGGCAAUAGUAGUGGGCAUUCUUUCACGCUCCCCUUCGGUCUACCUAGCGCAAUUGAAUUUCCUGGAGGAAAUGAAACACAUGGGCAGAAUCGGGAAGAGCUGAAUGGUGAUGGUGAGGUCCCAAAGAAAGCUCCUAUGGUACAACUAGCGCUUCUUAACAAGCCAGAGCGGAGCACUUGGUGCAAGACUGUCAAUUGA